GAAAAAGAAGAGAGAAAAAUGAAAGUGGAGAGAGUGAGAGAGACUAACUUAUCAAAUUUUUUAUGCCUCACUCAUUAUUAAGAAUCCACUUUAUUCAUUUCAAUACUAUCCUUAAUUAAACCAAUCACCACCCUAACAUAAGAAGCAGGACUUCUUCACAAAGAAACUUCCAUCAAAUCUCUAAUGGCUUAUGUAGAUUUCUUCAUCUCCUGCAAACUCAUGCCAUUUUCUUCUACUUUUAACUCUUUAGUUUCCCUAUUUAUUAUGCUUAAUACUCUUCCAUCUUUUAGCCUUACAACAGCUCAAGCCAGCCAUUGCAGAACCUUUUGCGGCACUAUUCCAAUAAACUAUCCUUUUGGUAUUGACGAUGGCUGUGGCAGUCCUUAUUACAGGCACAUGCUCGUUUGCUCUGAUUCAGGCAAUCUCGAGUUUCGAACGCCUUCCGGUAGAUACCAAGUUCACAGCAUCAGCUACUCCGAUCCCCACAUCAUAGUCGCUGAUCCAUUCAUGUGGAAUUGCCAAGAUGGCAGUCACUUCAGGGCAACUAGGCCUUUUAGCCUUGAUACAAGUACACAUUUUACGCUCUCCUCUCAAAAUGACUACCUUUUCUUCAACUGUAGUGAAGAGAAUGUGAUCGUUGAGCCUAAGCCUAUUUUUUGUGAAAGGUUCCCUGAUCAGUGUGAUUCCACAUGCGAUAGUGCAAGUUAUCUUUGCAGGCACCUGCCAGGAUGUGCUACUGCAUUGGGUGGAAGUUCAUGCUGCUCUUACUACCCGAAAGCAACCGAAUCUUUAAGGCUUAUGCUCAAAUACUGUGCUAGUUAUACAAGCAUUUAUUGGAGAAAUAAUGGUGCUAAUUCUCCUUAUGAUCAGGUUCCUGAAUAUGGGAUCAGGAUCGAUUUUGAUAUUCCUGUCACUACUCAUUGCCUCGAAUGUCAAGACAUGACCAAAGGAGGUGGAACUUGUGGAUUUGACACGCAGUCACAGAAUUUCUUGUGUUUGUGUAACGAAAGAAAUGUCACCACUUACUGUAAAGAUCAUGGAACUUCUAGGCAACACAGCAGGGCUGGAGUCAUUGCAGGAACGUUAACUGGAGUUUCAGCUGCUGGGGCCUUAGGAAUUGGUGCUGGCAUGUGGUACUGGAAGAAAGUAAGAGCUAAAGCACCAGUUACAUGUGGGGUCCAAAGCAACGAGAAUAGGCUUUUCUGAUGAAACCCGCCAAUUAAAGCAAACACCAUAAGCUUUAUUUUUAGCCCUUUUCCUUUUCAUAUUUAUUGAAUUGCUUUUGGACAUGCCCUCCUUGAUUUAUGCUUCUAUGGCUAUACGAUUUGUUCAGCUAUUGGGUUUAUAAUCAAUAUAAUGCUCAACGAAAAGCCCAAUGCUAAUUCUGAGAUGUAAUUUAUAUUUCAUUAAUUGGAAAACUAGGGUGCAACUUUUGAUGGUUAA